GCGGCGGCGGCGGUUGCUCGUCUGCCCCGGGGUGUGCGGCGGCGGACCCUCCCGCGCCCUCUCGCGCUCUGCCUCGGUCUCUGCCUGGCUGCGGCCGCGGCCACCACGCUGCCCGCUUUUGGCCCUGGUCUUGCCUGUGGGUUUGUUGCUGAAGAUAGAUCCCAGUGAUGUCUGCAUUCAACCUGCUGCAUUUGGUGACCAAGAGCCAGCCGGUGGCCCUGCGAGCCUGUGGGCUUCCCUCAGGGUCAUGUAGGGAUAAAAAGAACUGUAAGGUGGUCUUUUCCCAGCAGGAACUGAGGAAGCGGCUGACACCCCUCCAGUACCAUGUCACUCAGGAGAAAGGAACAGAAAGUGCUUUUGAAGGAGAAUACACGCACCACAAAGAUCCUGGAAUAUAUAAAUGUGUUGUUUGUGGAACUCCAUUGUUCAAAUCAGAAACCAAAUUUGACUCUGGUUCAGGUUGGCCUUCCUUUCACGACGUGAUCAGUUCUGAGGCCAUCGAGUUCACAGACGACUUUUCCCAUGGGAUACACAGGGUGGAAACAAGCUGUUCUCAGUGUGGCGCCCAUCUCGGGCACAUUUUUGAUGAUGGACCUCGUCCGACCGGCAAAAGAUACUGCAUCAAUUCGGCCUCCUUGUCUUUCGCGCCCACAGACAGCAGUGAGGCAGAAGGAGGCGGUGGCGGCGGCGGCAGCAGAGAGAACGGCAGCCCAGCAUCGGCAGACAGAGCAGAGCUGUAGAAUCCGGGAGAGUGGCGGGAACAAAGUGUACUUAAUGCACAGCUGAUUGAAAAACCAAAAAAUGGUUUAUCUUAGCAGAGUUAUUUUUUUCAGAAGCUAUAAGGGCAGUUUAUGCUAUUGAAAUUGUUCUCUCUCUCUCUCUCUCUCUCUCUCUCUCUCUCUCUCUCUCUCUCUCUCUCUCUCUCUCUCUCUCUCUCUCUCUCAGAUGGAAGUUCUGCCCAUCCAUGUAUUCUGCUGUUGGCGAGGUCAAGAACUAUGUGUGGGUCUUGCCAAUGGAGCUAGCUUUGUGGAGCUUUUCCACAAGCUUCUAAGUGGCCUUGGCUUUGUUUUCUUCCAGCACAUACCUUCCUUUGGUUUUGUGGUGGGUAUACCCCUUUUGCCUAAGAGGUGGAGGCUGUUUGGUCUCCUCAGGAGAAAUCAGAGAGCUGGUGCUCAGGGGCAGAGAGCAGAGCUGGGAAAGCCAGGGCAUCCAGACAUGUGGCCUUAUGAUAAAGAUGGAGUGAUGUCUUAGAUUUCUAGGCUCUGUGGAAAGUCUGAGCUAAGGUUUUUUCUCACUAAAAGGGUGUGAAGGUCUAAAGUCGUUCCUUAUGUUAGAUUGUUGCCAGAUCUGAGCGGGCUCUCUGAGGGUUGUGGCAGAGACGUAAACGUUACCUCGUGGGCAGGUCUUUAUUUUAUAUUAUUUCCCAUUGACAAUAGUGGAAUGCAAGACAGCUGUAAAAUGCUGCACCCUGGUUUUGUCCAAAGCUCACAAAGAAGAAUUCUUGCCUGUUGCCUUUGUAUAAGCAUUUCUCUCCACACCUAUGAAAACUACAUCUGGGUGAGCAUUUUGGAAGAUUACCCAGUGCAAAAUAAAAUAUGAGGGACAACAUACUUCAUCAAGGCGGUAGAAAAGAGAAAGAUCAGAGACUAAAUAUGAAGUCUUGAGUACUAAAUAAUCCCAUGCUGUGCAAAAAAGGCCAAUAGAAUAUUACAGGUACCACACCUAAACCAAACUUAUACAUAGCAUCAGGCAGCCUGUGGAAAGAUGUUGGGCAUUAAGACAGGAUAGUCAGGCCCAAGUUCCACACUUCACUGUGUGUACAAGGGACAAGCCAUUUAGCCUCAUUGUGCCUAUACCUUCAUGUAAGCAAUAGGACUCAUAUGUUUAUAAAAUAUAUUGAUACUCUCAGGGCAAAAUGACUAUAUUGCUAUACAAUUAAGAUCAGUGUUUGUAAAGUCACAAUGAUGUGGUUUAAUCACCUCGAAGGCCAUAGCAUAGGCAUUCACAAUGGGAAGAAGCAGAGGUGGAUUCGGUUGGUUGGCAUGGAAACAGAUAGACUGAAAGCCAGACUUCUUCCUUGUAGCAAUAUGGCAAGUUUUGCUUGGAGAAGCUCUGCAUGGUUGCUUGAGGUUUUCACAGUGCUGAACAAAGAUGAUAGAUGUUACCAAACACUGUAGCCAGGUGUGAGUGUCAUAUCUCAGAAAUCUUCAUUGUGAUUUUGAAUGCUGAUUCUGAAAUUCUCCUUUAAAAGGUAUUUAUGUUUCUAAUUUUUUUUUUGUGGAGACUGGCAUCUUUCCUCAUAAGCACUAAUGACAAAUGACGAGGGUGAACAUGUGACAGCUGUAGACACAAUGAGAAGCAAGCAGGAAAAGUUGGGACAAAUCAAGGUGAGAUGCCCAUGUCUGGAAGCUUCUGGGCUUCUCCGGGUACCUCCUGGGGGUCCUGGCAUCCUGAUGAGUCUUCACUGUCCCACAGUUCUAGAGAAGUUCACGUUAACAGGGACACACAGGAAAGUCACCUGAGCACCAGUCCCUGCCCAACCAGAUGUUUCACCCCAAGCCCAGGGCUACUCCGGACUUCCUAGGUUUCGCUCUCCUCUAGAAACAAGAGGAAGAUUUAAGACAAGGCAUCCAGAUUACUGUAGGAGUCUUUGCAACACCAUGAAGGAUCCCAUGUAGGGUUGCUAAGGACAGACAUGGGUCUCUCAUGGCAUUGGCACAACUUGGCAUCUAUCCUUCAGAGACACACACAGCCCUUCCUGCCCACUCCCAUCUGUAGCCUCCCCAGGGUUCCUUGGAUAUAAGCCACAGUGUUGGAGUCGACAAAAGAAGAUAAAUGAGGAGUUUCUUCCUCCCCAGAGACUUUGGGUUCUUACUCUCCUUUCAUUUUUACAGUACUGUAGCAUUAAACGCGCUCGCACGCGUGUACACACACACGCGCGCACACACACACACACACACACACACACACACACACAGACCAUAAUAAUAACAAGAACCCUGCUUUCUAACUGUUACUGUUUUGUUUUUUUUUAACAAAAGCCAGCUUCUUCCAGCACCAACUUUUAAAAAAUAUAUAAUAUCCAUUGAAAGAAAGAUGUGUGUAUGCUGUUUAAUUCCAGAUUGCUUUUUGGGCUUAAGUGGUAUCAGAUUUCAGUAUAUUUCUGUCUAACGUUAAAGAAAUAUAUUGCUAAAAUGUCAGUGAGCAAUAAUGUCAGCUGUCGAGCGGUUAGAUUUACUUUCUCAGGAUAUGGAGUGCAGGGAACUGAGGCAAUGUGGUGAGGUGUAUGUGAUCUGCGAGAGUUCUGCCAUUUAGCACAGGGAUGCAUGGUCUUCCGUGUCCGCAUCCCCAGCUCCAAGUGCGCCAUUGGGCAAUGCAGAGACUUGCUGGUAGGCAGGAAGUGUGUCCAGAUGAGCAUCCCGAAGAGAUUGGAAGGCAGCAACAUCAGUUGUGUUCCGUGGACUCAGACUUUUCAUUUCUAGGUAUUUAAAAUCUCAAUGCAAAUGAGAGAGCAGUUGGAACCUCCUUACGUUGUCUAAACCGCCUUGCUUUUGAUAUGAAAAAAAUGAUACGAAUUAGUACAAUUUGUUCUGAAGGUUGUGUAUGACUGACUCUUGGCUUAGAAUGCUUUUUAACAACUUUUCUCCUAAUAGUUUAAAACUUUUGAAAAGUAACAUGAAACCUUUUCCUACAUUUGUCGUAUACAGAAGUUAGGUAAUAAAGUUUCUUUAUAAAAAUGC